AUAAAUCAACAGAAAUUGAUGGGUGAAAUAAAUUUUUUCCCAAUAAAUCGUGUGGUUGCAAAACCGCGAAGAGAACUGGGCACUGAGGCAGCACGACUGUUACUUGAUGGCCUAUAUUUUGAUCCCAAAUACGAAGUGGUUUUCCGGCACAUUUUUGGGAAUGUAGCAGUUGUGCGUAGUAUGCAAGCAGGAAAUCGCUUGGCAAAAAUUGAAGGAUUCGAUUGUGUCACUUUCGAAGGUGAUCAAAUAAGCAGACGUGGCGAAAUGACCGGCGGAUUUUUGGACAUGAAACGUUCACGUUUGGAACUGUACAAUGCUGUCCAACGAAUGCGACAACAGCUUGCUGAACUAGAAGCAGUUGUGGAAAAAGCAAGUUGCGUCAGUAAUGAAAAGGCUGCGAAUGUUGAAAAGCUGCGCCUGGAGUGCGAUGUUUUAGAUCGGGAGAUCCUGACCUUGAAGGAUAAACACAGAACUGCUUCCGAAAAGAAGCGCUUCCUGUCGCAGCAGUUGCAGCAGAGCAUGAAAAACAGGGAGCCAAAAAUUGCACAAUGCGUUUACUUGAAAAAUCGAAUUCGAGAAGUGGAAGCAACGGCAGAAAGUCUGAAUAAACAGAUUGGAACUCCACUGAUGUCGCAAUUGAGUGAAGAAGAAAAGCAAAUGCUCAACCAGCUUCAGGAAAAUAUUGGAGAAAAAAAGCUGCGAUUGGAUUCCGUAAAUCGUUCACGAGUGGAGCUGGAAUCGACAAAAUUGCGUUUGGAAAAUCAACUAACAACCAAUCUUCAUCGUAAACGUGAAAACUUGCAAUCAGUAAGUUGUCCCGCAUAA